GUUGACACUGCAUUAUUUUAGGUUGAGGGAUUGGCAAAGCAUUUGAGGUGUGUUGGAAUUGAUGCUGCUGUUCCGCCUAUGAGAAAGCCCGAAACAAGGAAUUUAAUAGAACAAGCAUCUAAGGAGAAACGGGUACUCCUAACACGAGAUGCCAAGUUGCUGAGACAUAGCUAUCUCAUAGAAAACCAAAUAUACAGGGUAAAGAGUCUUCUUAAGAAUGAACAACUUACUGAGGUUAUUGAAACAUUUAAAUUGGAAAUUUCUGAGGACCAGUUGAUGUCUAGGUGUACUAAAUGCAAUGGGAGGUUCAUCCAGAAAGCUCUGACAACCGAAGAGGCGGUGAAAGCUGCCCAGGGCUUUCAGGUCAUCCCAAGCUGCUUAUUCGACAAGAAUUUGGAAUUCUGGCAGUGCAUUGUUUGCAAACAACUCUAUUGGGAGGGGGGGCAAUACCACAAUGCAGUACAAAAGUUCAUUGACAUUUGCAAGUUAAAGGAUUAAGCAAGUGAGGCGAAUUCAAGAGUUAUCAGGACGACAGCCCGUCACCCUUUCAAUACUUCACCACGAGGCAUUGAGUUUGCUGUUUGGGGAGUUCUUAGUGUGUGCUGCCUGGUCAAGAUUCUUGUAAGAUCCGAUCUCAUCUCCCCUUGUAUGUUAUUUUUAGGACCCUGAGUUAGGUGAAAAAAUAUAUUUUACUCAUCAGUAAAAGGUAAAUCUAACAUUGAUAGGUCUAAACGUACUAGUUGUUUUUCUUGGAAGGAAAACCUACUAGUUUAAGCGCUAAGGAAAAGUUUAAAAAUUUAUGCUUUGAAAGUUUAGGAUCUCCAAACUUUAUACGGAGUAUGUAGUUCAAAAUAGUACUAUGAUUUUGACUGCUUUGGACUAAACAUUAAGGUCCGUU